CAUUCACUCUACCGAAACAUCACUACCAGCCAAUAGCCAACACUUAGAAGUUAGAACCAAAUAACACUACUCCUCAUCUCUGCCGAAACAUCUCCUCGCCACCUCCUAAUUGAUCUUGGCUCGGCAAUGAGCAAAUAGAAGACUACAUUUAGCAGCAACUCUCUACAAAAAAAGAGGCUUAAGGCCAAUCAGACACUAACUAAUCUAGAAAAAGCUACCCCUGUGACAUCAGCAUACAGACACUUCCUAACAGCCUCUGGUGGUUCAUCUAGAAUCUUCAAUCCUUAAGCUCAUCUUCGCCAGCUCAUCUGCAGUCAUAUUUCCCCCUCUCCAUGAAUGUGCCAGCUUAAUAUCCCAGUUCCUUGCCAUCCCUGCCUUGAUUUUCCUGAUCAGCAUAAAGAGUUAAUCAACGUUGAGAAACGGGAUAAUUGCAAAUAGUGUGAGGUUCAGCAAUGGUGAAGCCCAAAAUCGCACCAUCGAUGCUAUCAUCAGACUUUGCCAAUUUGGCAUCUGAGGCAGAGCGCAUGCUCCACUGUGGUGCUGAUUGGCUUCAUAUGGACAUCAUGGACGGACAUUUUGUCCCAAAUCUUACAAUUGGUGCUCCGGUCAUUGAAAGUCUGAGAAAGCACACUAGUGCAUAUUUGGAUUGCCACCUUAUGGUUUCAAAUCCUCUUGAUUAUAUUGAACCUUUUGGGAAGGCCGGUGCCUCGGGAUUUACCUUUCAUGUCGAGGCAUCAAAAGAUAAUUGGCAAGAACUUAUCCAAAAAAUAAAGUCAAAAGGCAUGAGACCUGGUGUUGCCUUGAAGCCUAAAACACCAAUUGAAGAAGUUUAUCCACUGGUUGAAAAUGAAACUCCUGUGGAAAUGGUUCUUGUAAUGACUGUUGAACCUGGAUUUGGUGGGCAAAAAUUUAUGCCAGAAACAAUGGAUAAGGUUCGCGCACUUCGGCAGAAGUAUCCAUCUCUUGAUAUAGAGGUUGAUGGUGGCUUGGGACCUUCAACCAUUGAUAUAGCAGCUUCAGCAGGAGCAAAUUGUAUUGUUGCUGGAAGUUCGGUAUUUGGAGCUUCCGAGCCAGCACAGGUUAUAUCCCUAAUGCGAAAGAGCGUUGAGGAAGCUCAAAAGAUCAAUUGA